GGGAAAACGAAAAGGUUUAUUCAAAGCUAGCUCCAAGGAGAUGAAAGGGCCCAUUUGCCUCAAAUCAUGAUCUCCUCCAGUCCAGGUGUGUAAGGGGCUUUAGGAACAUGGGGGAGGGGAGCGCAGAGAUAAGGCAGCUCUCCAUGGUCCUCAGUCACUUCCUGCCAUCUUCAUCUAAUCCUCUUUCCUGUGGAAAGGACACCAGGCUUCCUCCUCCUGAGCCCGGCACCUGCGUAUUCUGUCAGUUCUUUUGGCCCGAGGAGAGGUGGAGAUAUUGGGUGUGUGCUCAGCAGGAGGAAGUUUGGAGCAGUUGCUUAUCUUAAAAAAAAAAAAAAUCUAACUUUUAAAGUUCCACGUUGGUUACACAUUUGCCACACCGAUUUGGGAGUAGUAGCCAGAUGGCGAACAGACGUCAUUAUAGUCCGUAGGUGAAUAGAUUUGGAUGUAGUCUGAAAACAUGGUGAAGUCAGCAAACUUUCAAAAUGUUCAGCAUUUUCGGGGUGUGGGAGGCAGAAGCUUCUGAUCCGAUGUGAGAUUGUUUCGGAGAAAGCAAGGGCAAUUCUGAUUCCCGGAGCCGGAUGGAAAUCGCCUUUCCAAGUGGAAUCAGACUUCAGAACAACGCUGGCUUAAGCGUCGGUCUCUUUGGAGCUUGACUCACACUCCAGUUGUGUUCCGCAGAUCUGUUUACUUCAGUAACGAAGGGCCCCCGAUUCAGGCGGCGGUAGGUGCUCCUUCAAGCAGCAGGAGCUCCGCCACAGAGACGGCAGAGCUCACAGUGGCCCCGGACUGCAGAGAUGAAUUCUCAAGUGCGGAGCCAGCCCCACUGGAUUGAGGAGCUGAAUCUUUAGAAGAUGCUCCCCAGUAUAUUAGGUCGCCCCUUGGAAAGUCUGCUCCUAAUAACUAUGUGGGAUCAGGGGAGGAUAUGUCUGCUGUAGGGACGCAAGGUGGCUCAUGUGGAUCACAAAAAUAACCAACCCUAACCCGUCAGCGACUCGCCCCACGGCUUUAGGAGGCUUCCCGCACGCGCGGAUUGGAAGACCUCAGCCCGCGUCAGAGGCGUUCCCCAGGCGCUCUAUGCAAAUUAACCCAGCCGAGCCCCGCCCAUCGGCCGAGGAGGGAAGUGGCCAGUCCCAGCGAGAGGCUCCCUUGUGCGCGCCGCACGGCCAUGGAGUCGCGACCAGUGCGCGUGCUGGUGGACAUGGAUGGCGUGCUGGCCGAUUUCGAGGCCGGCCUGCUGCGGGGCUUCCGCUGCCGCUUCCCGGAGGAGCCUCACGUGCCGCUGGAGCAGCGCCGGGGCUUCCUGGCCCGCGAGCAGUAUCGCGCCCUGCGGCCGGAUCUGGCGGAUAAAGUGGCCAGUGUGUAUGAAGCCCCGGGCUUUUUCCUAGACUUGGACCCCAUCCCGGGGGCCGUGGAAGCCAUGCGGGAGAUGAACGACAUGCAAGACACCGAGGUCUUCAUCUGCACCACCCCAAUACUGAAGUACCACCACUGUGUGGGCGAGAAGUACCGCUGGGUGGAGCGGCACCUCGGGCCCCAGUUUGUAGAGCGCAUUAUCCUGACGAGGGACAAGACCAUGGUCCUGGGGGACCUCCUCAUUGACGACAAGGACACCAUUCGAGGCCUGGAGCAGGUGCCACGCUGGGAGCACAUCUUGUUCACCUGCUGCCACAACCAGCACCUAGCUCUGCCUCCCACCAGGAGACGGCUGCUCUCCUGGAGUGACAGCUGGAGGGACAUCAUAGACAGCAAGCGGGGAGCUGCGAGGCAGGAGAGAGAUCUGUAGUGGAUGGUGCUGCCGGGAGGGGGCCAGGUCACUCCUGGCAGGCACAACAGGACACACCCUCAGUCCCCUGGUACCUCCCUCAGUGGUCCCCCAGCAUGGCUGGCACGGAAUCACAGUGACAAACAUCAGGCAAGUGUGUUUUAAUAAAAAAAUUUGGCUCUCUGGU